AUGCCGCCCCCCCCGCCGUUGCUUCUCACGAAGCGCGUCACCGCCUUCCUCCGUGCAAACCUCUCCCCACCCAUCAUUCACACGGCGAUGCUGACGACUCCAUCCGGGAGCUUGCUCGCUCAUGCUGGAGACAUGCCCGCGAGUGCUCUACGUCGCCAAUGCGCCGUCGCUGCCCAGCUGUGGGCUAUUCAAAGCCAGGCGCGAGCUGCGAGAGCUGCUGCAGAGCAUCAUCAGCAGCAGCCCGGUGAAAGUGCAGACACUGGCGCGGAAGAUCUUACUGCCGUCGCUACCCCGGGCGCUACGACAACAGUCAAAAGGCGAAAAGACAGGCCUCCUGUCGUCACAGUGCAGCUUGACACCGGCGCAGUCUUUGUCAUCCGCCGCCUACGCUGCGGCAUGCUCUUCAUCUGCAUGGGCGGCAGUGAAGGGAGCAAGUCCAAUCCCAACGACAACACCGCAGGGCAACGCACACCAACACCAUCUCACCUCCCCCAUGGGCAACAACUCACCAGCCCCAGUCCAAGGACAGUACCCCAUUCCUCACAAGCCCUCGCCGACCCCUUAGCAACAACCGACCUCCCCCCUCCGGCCCUCCAACUCCCUCAUCACCCAGCUCCAACCUCCCACAGCCACAAACAAAAACCCUCUGCCUCCCCUCUUCUCCCAGGACAAAAAACUCCAACCCCGUCUCAUCCCCAUCCCCAACCGCCACGAACACCUCCUAGCGGCACUGGCCAACCAACAUCCGGUCCUGGCUCCCCUCAUCCCUCGGAAUCAGCAAUCAGCAUCGCCAGCGUGGCAAGCAACGAGACGACGGCGACGUGUUCGACCAUUACAGGGUCGAAUAGUACCGUGUCGCUGAUGAGGAGACAGGUGGAGGAGUUGGCGAGGUGGUUGGAUGAGAAGCUGGCGGGGUUGUGUGUGCCGGAGGAGGGCAUUGGGGUUGCGGGGACAGGAGUCUCAGGGAUGGGGAUGGGGAUGGGCCAAGUCGGAUACCAUAUGGGGGCAGGGGGGAUGGGGAUGUCGUAUUCGGGGCAGGGUCAGGGUCAGGUUUAUGGUUCGACAUGA